AUGAACAAACAAUUGCUAAUAUGGAGCAGAGGGUCUAGAUUUCUUAAAAAGUGCGAACUAAAUACCACAUCAGGUAUUGUGAAAGGACUCGAAAUACAUGUUCUCAACACAAGUAUCGCACAAUAUCUGAACAUACCGUACGCCGAACCGCCACUCGGGAGACUCCGGUUCUCUAAACCCGAACCAUUGAAACAUCCAAAACAGUUAAUCGAUGGCACAAAAACAGGCAAUUCUUGUAUUCAGACAGUUAUGGAUACAAUGAAACAUUUUAUGGGAAAUAUAACACUAAACGAGGACUGCUUGGUGUUAAACGUGUGGACACCUAAUAUAUCAAAUGUAUUAAAACCGGUUAUGUUUUGGAUUUACGGCGGAGCUUUCAAACUUGGAUCCAGUUUUCAAUGGGUAUACAAUGGCAGUGCACUGGCAGCACAUGAUGUGGUGGUUGUCUCUGUUAACUAUAGGGUGGAUGUGUUUGGGUUUAUAUACGGAGGAAACGAGUCGUCAGCUCAGGGAAAUAUGGGACUAUUUGAUCAGUUAUUAGCACUUAAAUGGGUUAGAGAAAACAUACAUAUGUUUGGUGGAGAUAAAGAUAAGGUUACAAUAUUUGGUGAAAGUGCCGGUAGUUGGGCGGUAUCAUCACAUUUGUUAUCACCGCUAUCUAGAGGUUUAUUCAAGAGAGCUAUUAUGCAAAGCGGUGCCCAUAUGUAUAACAAAUUGAGACAACCAUUGAAUACUACUGAAACUUUGCAACAAAGUGUUUAA